ACACACCACACUCUCACCUCUGGCUUCCCUCUAUUUUCUCCACCUUUCGUAUCCACACACUCUCCCUUCAGCAUUUCAACCUUUAGAUUCCUCUCUCUCUUCUCUCUCUCUCUCUCCCCCGCUUCCCUCUUUCCAAUCCACACAAACACAUCGCCGCUAGUUUUGCGUCUUUGUUCACUGUUUAUUUAUAGGUGCGGCCGUGUAGUGUAUACGCGUCUCCCGGCCUGCGGCGUGCGUAGUGUAUACAUACAUAUAUACAUACACAUAUACAUAUAUACAGGUCGGAAGUGUACGUACGUAUUGUUAUAUAUUAUAUACAUAUAUAUAUGAACCACCAGGUGGCAAUGGGGGCCGGUGGCGGAGGAGAUUUUUGUUGUGAGCUUUGCAAAGGGGAGGCCGCCGUUUGUUGCCCGUCCGAUUCCGCGUUUCUGUGUUGGAGCUGUGACGCUAAGGUUCACCAGGCUAACUUUCUCGUUGCUCGCCAUCUUCGUUUCACUGUUUGCGGGGGGUGUAAAUCUGUGACUGGGAAUCGGGUCUCCGGUGUCCGGGAGGGUCCGUUUUCCGAUCUGUGUCGUUCCUGCUCGCCGUCGCCGGUGGAUGAGGAGGGGGAGGAUCUCGAUGCGCUUUCCUCCUCCUCGACUUGUGUUUCCAGUGCGCAUAGUUCGUGUAGCCGGAAGAGCGGGAGGUCGUCGGAGUGGUCGGACUCCGCCGGGGGGUUUUCCGCCGCGGCGGCGGAGAAGAAAAGUCAGAAGAGACCGCCUCCGCCGAGGGGGGCGAGAUCGGAGGCGUUUGAUCCCGUGGCGGAGGGCAUUUUCGUCAACUGGUGCGCGCGGCUGGGAAUCGGAGGUGGGGAGGAUAAACACGUGACGCGGAAAGCUCGCGGCGCGUUCCGGCUUUGUUUGGCUCACAUGACGGCUCUGCCCUACCGGGUCUCCCUAGCCGCGUCUCUAUGGUUCGGCUUGAGGAGGUGCCCCGGAAAACCCGGCCACACGUGGCGAGCUCUGAGGAGGCUGGAGCAGAUCUCCGGCGUGCCGGCUAAACUCAUUGCCAGCGCGGAGUCGAAGCUUCAUGUGGUGGAGAAAGCCGGAAAGCAACGGCGCCAGUGGCUGACGGAAGGCUGGGGUGAGUGCUCGGUUUGAUUCGAUUGCAUCGAAGCUCGCCGACUAAGUAGCUUAGCUAGCUAAUGAAUGAAGCCGGCUUUGAUUUUGAUUCAUCUUCUAGACAAAGAUUCGCUGAUUCUCUCCGAUAUGUCGGAAAUAACCAUCUCUCUCUCUCUCUCUAUAUCUCCUUCUUUUCCAUCUUCUAAACUGACCGUAGCUAGCUAGGUUUAGAGAAUUCUUAGAUGGGGAAAUUAUAUUGGGUUUUCCCUUUACAGUUUCUACUGUUCGAUCGAGCUAGUAUGCAUGCUGGUAUGCAUUUUGGGAUGGUUCCAACUAUUGAAGCUAGCGAUGAUGUUGUCUUGUCUUUGUACAAUUGUACCGUACUAGAAAAGCUACUACAACGUUAGUUGCUGUUUUCCGGGCUUCA